AUGCUAUAUGCUUCUCAUGUGGGGAAAGGUCCAAGUACAAGGAUUAAGACAUAUGUUCCAAGGCAUACAUGUGGAAGGAGGCAAAGAACCAAGUAUGCCACUUCAUCAUGGCUGUCUAAGAGGUUUGAUGAGGAGUUAAGAGAUAAUCCCAAAAUGAAAGUGACAGAUUUCAUGAAGUUAAUAAGGAAACAUUAUGCCAUAGAUGUAACUGAGGCUCAAGUUUAUAAAGCCAAGAGUUUUGCAAAAAAGAGAAUUCUAGGCAGUAUUGAAGAGCAAUAUGGUAAGUUGUGGGAUUAUUGUGAAGAGUUAAAGAGCAAUAACCCUGGCAGUACUGUUAUUGUGAAAACUGAAUUGCAAGGUGAGAAUCCUAUUUUCAAGAGGAUUUAUGUAUGUUUUGGAGCACUUAAAAAGGGAUUUGUGGAAGGAUGUAGACAAGUGGUGGGUUUUGAUGGGUGCCAUGUUAAGGGGUCUCAUCUAGGGCAGAUUCUAAGUGCAGUUGGGAUUGAUGGAAAUAAUGGGAUGUAUCCAAUUGCUUUUGCGGUUGUUGAAGUUGAAAAUACAGAGACUUGGGGUUGGUUCUUUGACAUAUUCUUUCAAGAUGUAGGUAUUGAAAAUGGCAAUGGAUGGGUUUUCAUUACUGAUAAGCAAAAGGGUUUGGGGAAUGCCCUUCAUGCUUUGAUGCCCAAUGCUGAGCACAGGCAUUGUGUGAGGCACUUGCACAAUAAUUUCAAGCUUGCAGGCCAUACUGGUGCAGCUUUCAAGCAGAGGUUGUGGGCAGCAGCUAGGGCAACAACAAUACCUGUAUUUGAAGCUGAAAUGGAGCAGAUGUUGGGUCAAUCUCAGGCAGCUUAUAAGUGGCUUCAGGAGAGACCAGCUGCUCAUUGGAGUAGAUCACACUUUAGUACAGUCCCAAAGUGUGAUAUACUUCUAAACAACUUGUGUGAGUGUUUUAAUGCUGCAAUUCUAGAAGCAAGAGAUAAGCCCAUUGUUACUCUUUUGGAGAGAAUUAGAACCUACUUGAUGCUUAGAAUGGCUAGACUUAGAGAGACAGUGUGGCCCCAUGAGGUUGGUCCAAGAAUAUUUGGUAUUGUGGAGAAGAAUUCAAUUGAAAGUGGCCACUGCAUAGCUUCGUAUGCUGGUGGGGGGAAGUAUCAAGUUAAUAGCAUGUUGGGAGCUAUGUUUGUUGUGGAUUUAGAAAGGCAUACAUGUACCUGCAGAAAAUGGGACUUAAGUGGAAUUCCUUGUCCACAUGCCUUGGCUUCAAUAGCAAAGAGUGAGCACAGCCCUCUGGAUUUUGUGCAUGCACUUUACAAAAGGCCGGCAUAUGAUAGGGCUUAUGAGGGCUAUAUAUCUCCAAUGCCUAGUCAAGCAUAUUGGAGAAAAACAGGGCAUGUACCUAUCAAGCCACCUGUUUAUCGCAUCCAACCAGGAAGGCCCAAACUUAGCAGAAAUAGAGAAGCUGAUGAAAUACCAAAAGGGGCAACAAAACUUAAAAGGUAUGGCAUUGUAAUCACGUGCCGCAACUGUGGACAAGAAGGUCACAAUUUUGCUGGCUGUCCCCAACUUCGACAGGGGCAACCUAGAGGUAGAGCAAGAUGCGGUAGAAGGGGAAGAGGAGCUGUGAGGGGAAGAGGUGCAAGGGGAAAAGGAGCUGCAACUGCUAAUGGAGAUGUUGAUACUACAAGUGUCAAUGCAAGUGGAACAACUGCAAGUGGAACAACAACUGUCAGAGGUGUUAAGAGAGGCAGAGGUGUUGUCAGUGAACAACAACAAACUCAGGCCAGACCAAAGUUUAAUGUGAAAAGAGGAGCUCAAGCCCCCUAUGUCAUAAGGAAGACCAAUGUAUUUGCUGAUUCACAAGCUGGCCAAAGUUCACAAGCUCCUUCAGGACCUGCCCCAAGGUCACAAGCUCCUUCAGGACCUGCCCCAAGUAAACAAGCUCCUUCACAAUCUGUCCCACAUUCACAAGGUCCUUCACAACCUGCCCCAAGGUCACAAGCUCCUCCACAACCUGCCCAAAGUUCACAAGCUCAUCAAGGUUCAAGUUCACAACCUCAACCUAUGGUAACUUCUCCAAAAAGGCCUAGGUUAAAAUCUCCAGCAAAACGAAUAAGGCCAUGGAGAGUUUAG